UUUAGAGCACCUUAGAUGACAUCCCAUCCCAAAUGGAUGUUUAACUUCACAAUGGCAGAACUCACAGUGGAGAAUGGCAGUUGUAUGGACUGGCAAAAGCGAUGCCUUGCGUUGGAGUCCCAGCUCUUCAAAUUCCGCUUGCAGGCAAGCAAGAUCCGAGAGCUGUUAGCUGAGAAGAUGCAAGAAUUGGAACAGAGAGUGAUAGAAGCAGAGCAAAGAGCUGAGGAUGCAGAGAAACAGGUCAGAGCUAUGGAAGAGAAGAUAAGACUAGCCAAUGUGAAGACUGGUGAAUCAGACAGCACUCUGCACAGGAAAUACCAGGAGCUGAUGGGCACAGUGCAAGGAAAGGAGGAUCUUAUCAACAGAUUGGAGACACAGCUAGCAAAACAGAAACAGUUGAGGACUGAGGAAGCCAAAAUUGUUCAAGAGAAAGCUGCCAAGAUCAAAGAGUGGGUAACAUUUAAGCUGAGAGAGCUUGAGCUAGAAAAUUACCACCUGAAAAACUGUAAUCAGAGGCUGACGGAGCAAAUUGAAGCCCUUCAGGAUACAUUGCAAGAUAUGACCAGCAUUCCUCCCCUUGAAUCUUUUUGGAGCUGUAAUUCUCUGAAGCCCAGAGCAUCACAGGCCUCUCUUGCUGAGAAGAUAGACCAGAAAUCUGUGCUCCUUGCACCUGGUUUCAGACAGCUGUGUCAGACAGGACCCACCAAACCUGUCCUCUCUACAGCAAACACAGUCUUUGCCAAUGACACCUUUACUGAGGGUGGAGAGGAUAAAUCUCUGCUUUCUCAGAGCACACUGAAGCUCAUGUCUGACCCAUCAAGCUGGAAUCUCUCCACAGAAAAAGAUAUAUUCCCAGCUGUAAAUUCUGAACACAGCUUAGGGUGCUCUCAUUCCACAUUGUUGGACCCUCCAGCCAAUACCACAAGAAUCCCUGAGACUUUGACUUUCCAGUCAACUUUGGAAGGAAAACAUAGCACUGUGAGCACCUUGCAACAAGUGGCUUUGGAUGGCAUCCGCUUCUCUGAUGAUCUGAGUGCCAGGUUCCGCUCACACCGGCUGGACUCCUCUUCCUCAGGAGAAAUAAUGAGCAUGCUUGAGGGCCAUCUCCAAACUGCUGAGCCACCCCUGAUUGUGCCAACAUCAGCUGUUACAGCACAUUCCUUCUGCCCAGGGAGGGAAUGCAGCCUUGGCAGUAGUAAGACCUUUCCAAAAAUACGAACUCUCAAUACACCAAGAGACAGUAUCCAGCUAGCCAAGAGACAUUACAGCCAACCACAGCCAGGGUCUAAUUCUUUCCAUCGGGUAAUGAGCUUAGAGGCUAAUACCUUCCAGCCCAUAACAGCCUCUCCAGUCUGCCAUGGGCAAGUGAAGGAGACAGACAUUGAUGAUGAUGAUGAUGGGGAGAAGAUGGAGACAGAACGUGGCCCUGUGAGGGAAGAAGCUGGAGCAUGUGAGGAAAUUAACCACUUAUCUACGGGGCAAGGAGAAGCUGUGAGUUCUGAGGCUGGCGUACUUGACCCAGGGGGUAAACCUCCCACACCACCGCUGCACAGAUUCCCAUCCUGGGAGAGUCGAAUCUAUGCUGUGGCCAAGUCUGGCAUGAGGUUGUCUGAAGUGGCCACGGUGAAUGAUACUUCCAACUGCUUUUCCAAUUUCUCGUAUUCAACUUCUGGGCCAUUUACCUGUCUCAUCUACAGAAAUGUCACAGUGCCAGUCUACACUACGCUGAAGGGGAAAGCCAUGCAGAUCAGCAACGUGCCUUUCUUAGAUGAGUCUUCAGGCUCUGAUGAUGACUGUGGCUCCCAUGCCAGCUUCAGGACUUCUACUGCUGGGUCUGAGAACAGGAAAGCAAGCAUGCCAGGCAGCCCUCGUGCAGUGAAGAGAGGUGUAUCUAUGUCCUCACUGAGCUCCGAGAGUGAUUAUGCUAUCCCUCCUGAUGCCUACUCCUUGGAUGGUGACUAUUCAGAGCCAGAACACAAGCUACAGCGAACAUCUUCCUAUUCCACCGAUGGUGGAAUCUGCACUGAACCCAUGGAGAAAUCAGGUUACUUGCUGAAAAUGGGCAGCCAGGUGAAGAUGUGGAAGAGACGAUGGUUUGUUCUAAGAAACAGACAAAUCAUGUACUACAAGUCCCCGAGUGACGUUAUCCGCAAACCACAAGGGCAGAUGGAGCUGAAUUCCUCAUGCCAAAUUGUCAGAGGUGAAGGGUCCCAAACAUUCCAGCUCAUGACAGAAAAGAGAAAAUACUUCCUGACAGCAGACUCUCCCAACAUCCUGGAGGAAUGGAUUCAUGUCCUACAGAGUAUCCUGAGAGUGCAAGUGACCAGUCCUGUUGGUGUUCCUCACAGUGAUGCUAAACCUACUGUGAAGGGUUGGCUCACCAAGGUCAAGCACGGUCAUUCUAAGCUGGUCUGGUGUGCACUAAUUGGAAAAACUUUCUACUACUAUCGAAAUCAUGAAGAUAAGUGUCCCCUAGGGCAUCUGCCUUUGCGAGAAUCCAAAGUGGAAGAAGUAGACCGUUCCUGUGACUCUGAUGAAGAUUAUGAAGCCACUGGUGGAGGACUUCUCUCAUCCCACUGUACAUUGGUGAUUCACCCACAGGACCAGAGUCCCACGUACUUACUCAUUCGCACCAAACAGGAGAAGAAUACCUGGCUGUACCAUCUGACUGUAGCAGCUGGUAGCAGUAAUGCCACAGUGGGCACAUCAUAUGAACAACUCAUUGGAAAACUAUUGGAUGCUGAGGGAGACCCUAAUUCUCCUCUGUGGAAACAUCCUAUGUUGUGCUAUAGUAAAGAUGGGCUGCUCACAUCCCUCACCACUCUGCCAUCAGAGGCUCUACAGACUGAAGCUCUGAAACUUUUUAAGUCCUGUCAGCUGUUCAUCAAUGUCCCUGUGGAGGCACCCUCUAUUGAUUACCACGUGUCCCUUGCCCAGACAGCACUGCAGGUUUGCUUGACACAUACAGAGCUGCAGAAUGAAAUUUACUGUCAGCUUGUUAAACAGACCAGCUGCCGACAACCCCAGAACCACUCAGUCAUUCAGUGCUGGCAACUCCUGGCUUUGUGUGCUCCUCUAUUCCUGCCUCAACAUCACUUCCUCUGGUACAUCAAACAGCACUUGCAGCGACAUGCAGACCCCAGGAGUGAGAUAGGCAAGUAUGCCAUCUACUGCCAGAGAUCAGUAGACCGCACUGUGCAGACUGGUGAGCGGGAAGCCAAGCCCUCCCGGAUGGAGAUUGUGUCCAUCCUGCUGAGAAAUCCCUACCACCACUCACUCCCCUUCAGCAUCCCAGUGCACUUCAUGAAUGGAACCUACCAGGUUGUAGGUUUUGAUGGUUCCUCAACAGUUGAUGAAUUCAUCCAGCGACUGAACCAGGAGACAGGAAUGAGGAAACCAUCCCACAUGGGAUUUUCUCUGUUCACAGAUGAUCCUUCUGGCAGGAAUUUGGAACACUGUCUACAGGGCAACAUGAAGAUCUGUGAUGUCAUUUCCAAAUGGGAACAAGCCUUGAAAGAAUUGCAUCCUGGGAAAUACGAAGGUGGCACAAGAAUUGUGAAGUUGACCUAUAAGAACAGGCUAUAUUUUCGGAGCCAGGCCAAAGGUGAGACAGACCGUGAGCGGUUGCUACUGGCCUUCCAAGUCAGCAAUGAAAUAACCAAUGGAAGAUUUCCUGUUAAUAAGGAAUUAGCUCUGGAAAUGGCGGCUCUGAUGGCUCAGGUGGAAUAUGGGGAUUUGGAUCGACCAGGAUCUUCAAGUCCUGGGGGAACAUCACAGUCGAAAAUGCAGCAUCUUCUCCAUCAGGUCUUAGAUAAAUUCUACCCCAAACGCUACAAGCAAAACAUUACUCCUGAACAGCUCAGGCAACUGGCUGACAGGCUGGCAACAAAGUGGAUGGUGCUGCAGGGGUGCUCACCACCAGAAUGUGUUCGAAUUUAUUUGACGGUGGCCCGGAAAUGGCCUCUCUUUGGAACCAAAAUAUUUGCUGCUAAGCCUGUUUUGCCUUCCUCAUUGGAAGACUGUCCAGUCUGGAUAGCUGUGAAUGAAGAUGGUAUCAGCAUACUGGAUUAUAACAUUAUGAACUAUGACUGUUUUCAAACUCUCUGUUGUCUGCAGCACUUGAAGGUCUCUUAUUCAUACUCCUCUGUGCUGACCUUUGGAGGCUGUCGAGAUGACUUCAUGAUUGUAGUCAGUCAAAUGAAAGAAAGGACUUCUGGAAAAAACAGCACUGAAAAACUCCUUUUCACAAUGGCAAUUCCAAAGAUUGUUGAAGCAACACUUCUUAUUGCCAGCUAUAUUAACUACCGUUCGACACCUUCACUCCUAUCUUCCACACAGCCCUCCCGAAGCAAAACACCUGCUAACAAGCUCUGGGAGACUGAAAGUCGGUGCUUUUUGCCUUCCGUGCCCCGAAGCACCAAGGGGCCCACCCUGCUCUGAGGGCUCAUUCCAAAUGGCUUUGGGGAUUUUGGUUUGGGUUUUUUUUGUUCAGGGUGGGAAUUUUUUGGUGGUGGGUUUUGUUUUUUUUUUUUUUUUUUUUUUUGACUGCUCUGUACUGAAUUGGAGACUCCAUGAUUUUGCUGGUUACACACCUUACUUUAAUGUGGGCUCUGAUUCUUUUUCCAUAGUGGUAGACAAAGUUCCUUAGUAUGGGUAGAGGCAGCAUCCUUUCUCUUAAAAAAACCCUGUUGAUUUUGGGGACUGUGCAGGAGUUUAUUUUCCAUGCCACACUCCAUCCAAAAUACCAUGCCUCAGGUCAUCUGCCUGCACAGUGCUCCAGUCACAUCUGCCCUCUUCCCUUGCAGCCAUCCUUCUUCCAUCUCCUGAUCAUACUGCCUUGCUUACAAGCGCAUACGUUUUCUUCGAUCCCUCCCAAUUUCAGCUUUGCACCUGCCUUAGAUCACUGCCCACCCUGUGUCUGGAAUCUGAGUCCAGCUCUUAAAACUCCUAGUGACCUCUUUUCCUCAUCAUAGCCCCUUUCAGUUAUUAUUUCCAAUAGUCUUCUGUUUGCAUCAAUCCCUAACUUGUUCACUUGUUACCUAAAUUAGACUACACCCUCUGCAAGGCAGAUUUAAAUGGUAUGUAGGCUUCUAUCUGACUGCAAUGGGCUGAACUCGCAGUCCUAUUGAAAGUAAAAACAGGUGGUAAUGGAUAGUGUGGCAUGAACCCUGUACAAGGAUGCAUCCUGUUGAAUACUGCCUGUAUUAGGAGCUGCACAUCACUGCAUCAUAAAGUAAUACACACUGAAAAGGCUAUGACCGAAGUGUAAAGAUUAAUGUGACAUAGUCUGAUCAGGUAGUUUAGACCUAACUUCAGCUCUGUGCUCUGGGUGGUGACUAGCCAUCAUAUUAAAGUUUUUACCACUGUUUAAAUUCAAUGGUGCCACUCCCAGAACAACUAUUAGGAUAGUAUUUUUGCAGAGACUAUAAUAGUUGUUAUGCAACUGCUUAACACAACUCGGAGGACAAUUUAUUUUUCCUUAGAGCUAUAACAACUCCUCCCUGAAACUGAUGCUAAUAUUCAAAGACAAAAACUUUCCAAGUCCUUGCUCCAUAUGUGAAAGAAAAGACACGGUUGAGAAGGAAGAGGAACUCAACUGACAAGAACAGUUCUGAUGCAAGUCAAGGGUAAUUUCAGACCUGAAAUAGGGAGCACAGAAUUAGAGUUCAGUGCUACUCAAGAGUAUUUUAAACUUUAAAUAAAGGUAGAAACAUAGUGUCUUUGCACGUUGAGGACUCAAAGCAGACUGGAACAGUGUCGGAGGAUACCCUAGCUCCUACAGGACUGAUGCGUUUCAGGAGUCGAUGCUGUUCUUCGCAAUUAGAUGGACAUUAGAUCUCUGCUGCAGGGCUGAAUGUGUCCCAUGCUCUUCCACCUGACAAGCACUUUGUGUUAAUCACUGUUGUAGAUGUUUUGGGAUGUGUUUAUGUGCACAUAAUCUCAGACAAAGGAAGACAAGGCAAGCAAAUUUUGUACUUUUUCUAUCUUUCAGCAUCUGGAACAGAUCUUCCCAAACCAUCUCUUGUCAUUCUGACUUGACAGAAGUUGAUCCUUUCAAACUCCUGCUUCCUUCAUGCUACUGUAGCAAGGAGGAGGUAGUCAGCAAAUGUGUACUCAAGUAUUGUUCUUCUGACUUUCCUAGAGAAUGGUGGGUGGCUUUUUGUUGAUCUGUUUCAGAGGGACUUGGUUACGAUUGAGAAAGGCAAUGGAUUUUAAACAAAUACAAGAGAAAUAGCAGUUCUUGAAAAACCUAAAUUUACCUGGCUUAAAUUCAGCUAUUUUGAUAAGCAUUCUGACAAAACUAAGGAAGAAUAACUCCCCUUUCAAAAGUACCAUGUGCAACUUCAUAAUUAUGCAUUCAUGGGCAACUUUCCCAAAUUAAAAGUGUGAAUCCAAGCAUUAGAAAGAAUUCAGCAAUAGCAAACCAGAGCUAUUUGCAAAUGAAUAAACCAACCAUACCCAUGUUUUGACUCUAGUACCUGCCACCAACCUUGAAACAUCCAACUCAUGCACACAGAGGAACUGAUACUUCCAAGAAGUUUUUGAUUCACAUGUAGAAUGGGUGCAAAGCCACAAAUUAAGAGAACAGCAUGAGACAGGCAAAAAUAAUUACAAACAAUCCCUUAUCAACAUCUUUGUAACAUUAAAAAAACAGAAAUAAAAAAAUACUCAAACCCAUGGUGGGUUGUAGAAACAAUAUGGCAGACGUAAGCCAGGAAAAGAUUGUAUGAAGAGACACCUGAUUUGCACAUGCUGUAAUGUAUCCACUUGUUUUGAAUUCAAGGACCAUCCCUUGAAGAUACGGAAAAGGGUAGAAGUUUUCUGAGCCAAGAACAAUUUUAAGAAGGUAUUUAGUCUUUUUUUUUUUUUAACUUAAUACUUUUAGUCACCUCUAUAUCCUGAUAGUGGUCAGUAGUAUGUAUUUCCUCUCUUUCUUACACAUGCACACAGAGUGAUCUUGGUGUAGCUGCAACUGAGAGAGCAUCAUUCCUCCUUACUCAGUCACCUGUGCCUAACAAUUCUUCUUGUAUCUGAAGGUCCGUUUGGCAGCCUGCUUCUGGUAUCCCACCAGUAACAAAGCUGCUUCAGAAUAAGCUGAGCUGUCAUCGGUACUGGGAAUGCUCAAGGCAUAAAAGUCUCCACAGUUUAGAGGCUGUACUUACCUUACAGUGCUCACACUCGUGUCCUUAGAGACUUGUACCAGGGCAAACAGGAAGCAGAAAUGUUGAAUAAGCAAGAGCUGUUCUGAAGCUCAUUAUUUUCUGCCACAACUGCACUUUAAAUUGAGAAGCAUGGCAUAUAGAACUUCCUUUCUUGCUUAUUUCUUAAAAAUAUUCACCAAUACUUGAGUAGUUCAGGGACCACCCCACUCUGAUGGAUGCACAUAUACCUCCUAUUUAUAGCUUACCUGACUUCAACCAACCAACCCUGUGUAGAUACCUAUUUUGUAUUAUUUUUUGGGUAGAGAAAACUAUUUUUAUUUUAAUCAAUGCUUUUGGCAAUGACUAUUGCUACAGCAUAGCAAGAGAAGACAAAAGCCUUUGUUUUCCUAACUGCUGUGUGUAUGUAAAAGACUGGGAGAUACUGUGAGAUUUCUGUUCUUAAUAAAAUGCAGUUACGAUGAA